GAAGGAGAACGGUGCCGUUUCUUUUGUCUUCCAGAUCAGAAUGUACCGUUUCUGAUCGUCCCUCUCGACAUUUCUCCGCCUCCCUUUUCCAUUAGGUUGAAAAGCUCAGGACCGAAAAGCAGGGGACCAGAGGGCAAAGCAAAUAGCUUUCCCAUGGACACCCGACUCUCGGCCUCUCUCGGCCUCCCUUCCCAUACCUCCACGCCCCACCCCCCACCUGAUUUCGCGUCCCUCUUCACCCACCUCACCGCCGCUCUCACAACCCCCGCAAACCCCAUCUCAAAACCGAAAUCCCUCUCCCAACGAAAACCACCCCAAUCACCUCUCAAUCACUCCAAUUCCACUACCUACCUCUCCUUCGCCUCCACUUCCUUAAAACCCAUCUCGCCCAAACCCCAAAAGACCCUUCUCAAGAGCCUCUCCGUCCUCGAGCGCGCCCUCAUCGGCGCUGCUGGUGGUGGCAUUGCCGGAGCUUUCACCUACGUUUGUCUCCACCCACUUGACACUAUCAAAACCAAGCUCCAAACCAAAGGCGCGUCCCAAAUCUACGCCAACACCUUCGACGCCAUCGUCAAGACCUUCCAGACUAAAGGGAUCCUCGGCUUCUACAGCGGCGUGUCCGCCGUUAUCGUCGGCUCAACAGCAUCUUCCGCUGUGUAUUUCGGUACUUGCGAGCUGGGGAAGUCGAUCUUAGGUGGUUUCGAUCGGUACCCAUCCGUUCUCAUUCCCCCGACCGCCGGGGCGAUGGGGAAUAUCGUUUCGUCGGCGAUAAUGGUGCCCAAGGAGUUGAUCACGCAGCGAAUGCAGGCCGGGGCAAAGGGACGGUCUUGGGAGGUCUUGUUAAGGAUUUUGGAGAAAGACGGUGUGCUGGGUUUGUAUGCAGGUUACUCUGCGACAUUGGUGAGGAAUUUGCCUGCUGGGGUGCUGAGCUACUCUUCGUUUGAGUACUUAAAAGCUGCGGUGCUGCGAAGUACGAGCGAGACUCACCUGGAGCCCAUUCAAAGCGUGUGUUGUGGGGCACUGGCCGGGGCGAUAUCCGCGUCCAUUACCACGCCGCUUGACGUGGUGAAGACGAGGUUGAUGACUCAGCUUCAUGGGGAGGCUGCGAAUAAAGUUGCCACGGCAAUGUAUAAAGGGGUUACCGGCACGGUGAAGCAGAUACUGAAGGAGGAGGGGUGGGUUGGGCUGACUAGAGGAAUGGGGCCUAGAGUUGUUCAUAGUGCUUGUUUCUCAGCUUUGGGAUACUUUGCAUUCGAGACGGCUAGGCUUGCUGUAUUGCAGCAGUAUCUCAGAAGGAAGGAGCUGCGCGAGGCGUCUGUUGCUCCUGCUUGAUUUGGUGGAUUUGAUUGGAUUCUCCCCCUACUCUACUCUUCUGUCACACCUCAUGUUUUUGGUGAUAUAUCUUCCUCCGCAUUGACUUCCUUUGUUGAGUGAUUUCAGGUGCAAAUCGAGGAAUAGUCUAUGGUUUGAUUCUAGCCCUUGAAAACAUAUAUGUUUGCGAGGUCCCUGGUUCAUAUAGAAUAAAUAUGGAUGGUUACAUGUAUCCAUCACAUGUUCUUGUCAAAGUUCUAUUGCUUGGAGCUAUGGAGAAAUAGGUACCUCUUUGCUCUCCAGAAAACUUGUUGUGAUAGUGGAACUUCUACUAUUCCAAGCACCUUGCUUGAGCUUUGUUUGAUAGCAUGAGGCUGCUGACUCUUGGAAAUGAAUACUUCCAUGUGAUCUUUCUCUAUGGCUCAAUAAUAAAGGCAACAUUGGUUAAAUAGAAAGUUAUCAUAGAUUAUCAACCAAUGGAUGCGAAUAUUAUCUUGGUUGCU